UGAGGAGGCUGUUCUUAAACUGAUCCAAAGAAGAAUUCGGAGAAGACGGCAAUCCGGCCACAGCACUGAAAUAGGCUACUCCUCCUGGCUCUCUGGCCUCAACUUUUCGUCUCCCAGACAGAUGCAGCAGAAUGCAGUGCGUUGUUGUGACAGCUUGGUGCCGGGAAGAAGGGCAGAGGUGAGGCAGUAAGCGCACUUUUCCGGUAGACUCUUCUUCUUUCCCGCGAUCUAGUAACCUAUGUAUUCUAAUUUACAGCCAUGGCUUACCAUGUUUUGUUUGGUAUUUCAGUGAUGCUGAUACUUGUUUGGUAUUAUCGCUAAUGAGAAUAGAGAAAUGACUAUUGAUGUUACAAACAAAAUUUUGAUAGUACUCUUAUCACGCAAAUGAAAUGACUUCAAAGAUUAAGUAAGAUGAUUUUAGCAGAGUUCGAUGAAAUAUAAAAUGUCGCUCCCGCGUCGUCGCUUAUAUGUUGAACGGGAUGAAAUGUAUCUGUCGUGUUGAAGGUCCCGACUAGUUGCGAUCGAUUCCCAUUUCUUCCGCUCGUUAGAACACGACGCGCGUGCAUUGCGUCUCUUAGCACCUUGUUCCGGGAUAUGUGCAUAGUAGAUGACUAUUCGACAUAAUGUGUUGAUAAGAGGAACGAAAACAUGUUUCGCAUUUAAUGAACUACGAUUAGUACUGAUUAUAGCAUAGUAUAUCUUGAUGUUGAUGGGACGACAUAAUGAUUAAGCUGUUAAAGAACGAGAAUUGAGACAAGAGUUUCCACAUGCGCGAAGAUGAAUAAGAAUUUUCAUGCUGUUAGUUCGUCCGUUGCAGCUGGAGCCAGACCCAGAGGUGGGAGCUCCGAAAACGGACCAGUUUUCCAGUUCUAUCUACCAAACUCACAUUUUUUUCUCUGUCGCCGUGCUGUGUAAAGAAACCAACACUCGAUACCCAUUCAACUCUUCUGUACAGUGGCAUAAGAAAAUCCAAUCCCAGCCUAUCUAUCAAAUAUCCUCAGUGAUUCACUCAUAGAUCUAGAAAAUCUCUCAUUGUGUGGGUGUGCAUUGGCAAAAAAUAGAACCAACACUGGCCCCAUCGCGUGAUGAUCUUGACGUAUGACCGAUAUGUGCAUAGAUUUUUUUGGUGGUAAUUUCUAG